AUCAUCAAUCCUUAAUACUCAUCUGCCCUACGACACAUAUAUAACAUUACUAUUGCCCCGGCCUGUGUCACAAGCCCUCAAUAAAAAAAAGCAUCCAUUUCAUCAUGUUAGUCUCAAGCUUCUUGGUUGUUGUUGGAAGUGUAUUCGGUGCAGUGUCCGCACACACCAUCCAGGUGAACAACAACUGUGGUGAAAGAUUCAUCAUGCAAGUCCCUGGACGUGGAGUCGUGACUUCUGGUGGUGGUGGCACCUGGACAUACGAUGGGGACACCAACGGAGUCAUUGCUGCCGUCGGGAACAAUUGCGAGGAGAACGGAGUGCCAUGCACUGCGGCCGAGUUUUCGCUGGUCUCCGCCGUCACCUCUGCCGACAUCACUUUGAUACCUCCCCACCAAUACAACAAGUCAUUGCGCAUCACCCUCACCAACGGGCUUUCUAAGUCUUGCACCUCGGCUGAUUGCCCCGACGCUUUCCACACUGACGGAAACGACGAACUCUACCAAAUCCAAGAGUCGGGCAACCCGAACUCCGGCAUUACUUUAGAUUUUUGCAUCUGAUCGCUCAUGAGUAGCAUAACAACUUCUCUCUUAGCUGCAUGCGUUUAACUGCUCAAAUCACCUCUCGAACUUGUCCAAUUUCAGUCUCAAAACCUUUGUCAAAUGUAGCCAAAAAAAAUGCAGACCUUUCUCUAUCUAUUUCAUUUUCAGCGCAUUGUUGGAUAUAAACUAUAAAUCAUAACUCCAAUCAGCAAGAAUUGAAAAACAAAGCAUUUACUCGUUAAUCAAGCGUAUGUUGUUUUCCACUCGAUCAUCAAUCAAUCAAAUUCAUGUAUUUCUGAAUCACAUCCAGAUCUCAAGAUCAACCAAGCCUCCUCCCGUAACUUUCAAGCAAGAAAGAACAGGGAAUCAAAUUACCUUACCCUGAUGAAGUCAUGCCAGUGUAUCUAGACAUGCGAGGAUUUGGACUUCUCCAACGGAGCGGCAAUGAGCUGUUUGAGAACGUGCUUGGCAGC